ACUAUCAACGGCCCAGGAGGGUAAGCGCGUGUGAGCGCCGAGGGGCUCAGGACCCCUUGCUACCUCUUCGCAGGACCCCAGCCUGGCCGCCUGCCUCAGCUAAGGGCCGGGAUCCCCGCGCCUGUGCCGCCCCUGCACGCCCCGCGGCGGCCCCCGACGGGAUGCCCGCAGCCAUGCUUCCCUACGCCUGCAUCCUGGUGCUUCUGGGAGCUCACACUUCAAAGGCAGCUGGAACAACAGGGGGCAGCCACCUGCACUGGGAGCCCCGCUGUCAGCAACCCUUUCCAGACAGAGUGCCCAGCACUGCAGUCCUACCCCCACGCCUUGAUGGGCCCUGGAUCUCUACUGGCUGCGAGGUGCGCCCAGGCCCAGAGUUCCUCACCCGCUCUUAUACCUUCUACCCCGACCGCCUCUUCCGGGCCUACCAGUUCUACUACGCCGACCCCUCCUGCCGGGAGCCUGCCCACUCGCUGCUCAUCAAGGGCAAAGUGCGCCUGCGUCGGGCCUCCUGGGUCACCCGCGGUGCCACUGAGGCUGACUACCACCUGCACAAGGUGGGCAUCGUCUUCCACAGCCGCACAGCCCUCAUGGAUGUUGCGGGGCGCCUCAACCGGACCCGGGCUGGGCGGGACUGUGCGCGGAGGCUGCCCUCGGCCCGAGCCUGGCUGCCCGGGGCGCUGUUCGAGCUGCUGAGCGCCCGGGCGGGCAGGGACUGCGUGGCGGCCCUGGGCUUCACCAUGCACGAGCUCAGCCUGGUCCGCGUGCAGCGCCACCUGCAGCCCCAGCCCGCGGCCGCGCCCCGGCUGGUAGAGGAGCUGUACCUGGGCGACAUCCACACGGACUGGGCAGAGAGGCAGCAGUACCGGCCCACCGGCUACCAACACCCCCUGCAGAGCGCCCUGCACCACGCUCGGCCCUGCCCCGCCUGUGGCCUGGUUGCCGGCGCCGACGUGCACCACCCGCCCGCGCUGCCCGCGCAGCCCGGCCUGCCCCUGCGCUUGGAUGGCCGUUGGGUCAGCGCCGGCUGCGAGGUGCGGCCAGCGGUCCUGUUCCUCACCCGGCUCUUCGCCUUCCACGGGCCCAGCCGCUCCUGGGAAGGCUACUACCACCACUUCUCCGAUCCCGCCUGCCGCCGGCCCACCUUCACCGUGUAUGCGGCCGGCCACUACGGCAGGGCCACGCCGUCGGCCAGGGUCCGCGGCGGCACUGAGCUGGUGUUCGAGGUCACGCGGGCGCACGUGACGCCCAUGGACCAGGUCACCACGGCCAUGCUCAACUUCUCAGAGCCGAGCAGCUGCGGGGGCCCCGGGGCUUGGUCUGCAGGCACUGAGCGGGACGUCACGGCCACCAACGGGUGCUUGCCACUGGGCAUCCGGCUCCCGCACGUGGAGUACGAGCUUUUCAAGGUGGAGAGAGACGCCCUGGGCCAGAACCUGCUCUUCAUCGGACAAAGGCCCACCGACGGGUCCAGCCCCGACACCCCAGAGAAGCGCCCCACCUCCUACCAAGCGCCCCUGGUGCUCUGUGGCGGGGAGGUGCGCCACUACCUGGGGCCCGCGAAGCACAGCCCCGCACUGCAGAAGCCCCCAGGUGGCGGGAGCCCAGGACUUCGGGUAGCCCUUCCGCCCCUAAUUCUUGGGCCAGCCUUCCUCCAAUGGCUGUGACAUUGGUCUUCCACAGCAAGGUGGCCUUGCUGGCACCCUUCUGACCCCAGGACUCCUUCCCCAUCCUGAGUGUCACCAACUCUCUGUGGGGAAGGACCGACCCUUGUCUGUGCUGUCUGGAUGGACCCGCAGCCCCAUUGCUUGUAAACCCAGCCCAUCUGCCCAACGCCUUGCAAAUACUACCUGUCUAGAGGUUCGGGUCCACUGACCACUGGCUUGGGCGUGGAAGAUACAGUGCCUGGUUAAUGAGCUUCUAAACGUUCAAUCCCAACUUUCCUACUGACCUCAGCAGCAGCGGUUCGUGGACAGGCACUGGCCAGGGGACCACCCCAAGUCUGCGGUUGUGUGAGCUGGGAGAGAGAGGACAGCCCAAGGGCCUGCCUAGGGAGCAUGCCUGCUGCUCUGCCAAGCCUGCAGCUUGUUGUUUAAUGAUUAUUAAUUCUAAUUUAGCAAUACAAACUCAACACGGGGCCAUGAAUUAAAGAUGCUGCUUUGGGCUUUUAGUAGUUCUCGGCUUUCUGGCAAAGGGCUCGCGUCUUUGGGGGCAAUUCAGCUUUCCAGAGUCCUGAGUGCUGGCAUUUGCCAGCAUCUGCCUAUGUUUCUGCAAGUGCAACCUCAAGCUGUCAACGCUGCAUGCAGAUAAAUCCAGCCUUCCUGGGCCAGCUUGCCAAUGGGGAGGGCUCCCCUGGAAUUGAGAAGUGUGGCCUUCCAAGCAGGCUGCAGCCCCUGAGCCCACACCAGCCUCCAGUGUGCCCUGGGGACCGGGCUGGCUGCUGGGGGCAGGUCUUGGGAGGAAGGCAGUGUUUCCAGCCUUCAGAGAGUAAUUAAUACUAAUGACAGCAGCAGCACUGACAGGCGUGCAAUUAGCCCUGCACAGCCGUCCUGUGUUUCCAAGAUUUCCUGUGCUUGACUAGCAGAGAACCUCUGAAUGUACAUCUACAGGACCACCCCAGAGAGAGGUCAGCCUGCAGGGCAGCAUCUGGAGAUGGGGGGCCAGGAAGCUUCCGGUCACUCAGCUUCUUGUCCCUAUGCUAAUGUAGAGAUAUCCUCCCCUGCUCAGAGGGAGCUGCCAUCCUGGUGGGGACAGACUAUGCCUCUCCAGGGACCCUGCCCAUGUCCCCAGGGCCUUAUCUGUACCUUACACAAUUAACUAGCAUCCUGGUGUGCUCAAGGGUUUUUAGGACUGCGGGCCUAUGGUUCAGGCUCCUCCCCCUUCCCAAUGCCUAGCUCCAGCUUUUAUCACAGAUCUUGAACAACAAUUGUCUGUGAGGCUAAUGAUGCUUUCAGAAGGAAGCCCUUGUCCUCCCUGAGACUGUGUGGGGUUCAAUCAGCCUGCUGAAAUUGCUCUAACUUAUUACCCAUUCUUCUUAAAAAAAAAAAAAAAAAAACAUUGAGUUAAUAUUCUCUGUAGGUCUCAGACAGCUACGAGUGUUCCUGGCAUAUUUACCAAAGCACAAGAAAUAAUUAGAUUAUUUACGGUCUUAGACUACAUAGGGGUUGGAGGAGUUUCUGGUGGGGUGACAGGGGGGAGAGGGCGUCAAAAUAUGCCCACAGCUGAGUAAGUCUUGUAUCCGAGGCUUGAAAUAACCAUGCCACCAUUUAUCAUCAAAUUUGAAUCUUUUA